UGGGCCCCAUCCAAACCAGAACUCAUGGCGAAACUUGAAACACAACAUUAACUUGUACAACUCUCGAACUCUCAACUCGCAUUCGCAUCGGUUCUCCUAUCCCACAAAACAUGGCUAAUCUCUUUCAGAAAUUCAGUAGAAACAAAUCAACUCUAAGAAUCUUCACAAAUCAUAAAGCCCCAUUAGCUUUCCCGAAACUCACACCUCCUCUUAUUAACACAAACAACCCCGUAUUAUUUUCAGACCCUCCAACAACAGACAAUGCCAUAUCUACUCAAAAGUUGCAAUUUUUUCCUAAUUAUCCUUUUGGGUAUUGCUUGAAUCCGAUUUCUUCAACUGGGUUUGAUCGGUUGAAGGUUAUUGGGGCAGAUAAAGAAGUGGAGGCUGAUGCUGAUGAUGCUAGGACGAUAUGGGCGGAUAGUGUGAAGAAGAAGAGGAAGAAGAAGAUGAAUAAGCAUAAGUACAAGAAGCUUAGGAAGCGUCUGAGGCGAAAAACUUAGGCUGAUUAGGUGAGGAUUUCGCGUUUUAUUGGUGCUUUCCCAUCAAAGUCUCCUCGGGACAAUUUUUGUUUUGUAUUAGUUGAUAGUACUAUCUUAAGGUAUUUAAUUACAAUUGGGGAUUUCUUCUAAAUUUGUUUAAGCGAAAUUUAUGUCUGAAAGCUCCCAAAUUAUGUUUUUAUGCAGCUAGCUGGAUGUUCCCUCUCUCUAUAUAUAACAUUGAUUAAUACUUUGUAGUUGUAUUAUUUGCAAUCAAGGUCUAGAUUUGCAUA